UCUGCUCGGCAGGGCCUUUCUUUUCUCUCUCUCUCCUCUCGACAUAUUGCUGUAAAUCUGCGCUUUGUUUCAGCUCGCAGCGGCACUCGUUGCGAGUUGACUGCGACUUGAAACUAAAACCAUCACCCCCUCUACCAGGAAAUGGAGGAAUGAUGAGCGUGUAGCAGGGCAGAGAGAGAGAGAGAGAGAGACAGAGCGACUGGGAGGGGAAACAACAAACUAGGCGUCAACUGCAACUUUGAAGACUUAGGAGGUAGCCCUACAUCUGCGGAUACAUUCAUUAGCCUGUAAUUUGGUAUUAACGAGCAUUUGAGGACAAGGUUUCACCCACCAGCAGCCACAAUGAGCGACGAGAACCGACCGAGAAUUGAACUUUUCGUCAAGGCAGGAAACGAUGGCCAGAGCAUCGGCAACUGUCCCUUCUCUCAGCGUCUCUUCAUGGUGCUGUGGCUGAAAGGAGUCACGUUCGACGUGACCACAGUGGAUAUGAAGAGGAAGCCAGACAUCCUGAAGGACCUGGCUCCUGGUGCUCAGCCGCCCUUUCUCAUCUACGGCAGCGACGUGAAAACUGACACCAACAAAAUAGAGGAGUUCCUGGAGGAGAAUCUGUGCCCUCCAAAGUACCCUCGCCUGGCUGCUCGCAACCCGGAGUCAAACACAGCGGGCAUGGAUGUCUUCUCCAAAUUCUCAGCUUACAUCAAGAACUCAAACCCCGGGCUGAAUGACAACCUCGAGAAAGGCCUGCUGAAGGCCCUGAAGAAGCUGGACGACUACCUUGGCUCCCCACUUCCUGAUGAGAUCGAUGAAAAUAGCGCUGAUGAUGUCACUUCCUCGUCCCGCCCCUUCCUGGACGGCCAAGAGCUUACUCUGGCUGACUGUAACUUGCUGCCUAAGCUUCACAUUGUGAAGGUGGUGUGUUUGAAAUACCGUAACUUCAGUAUCCCUCGCACUCUGGCCAACCUGUGGAGGUACCUGGACGCUGCGUACGCCCGAGAGGAGUUUUCCUCCACCUGCCCAGUCGACUCAGAGAUCCACAGCGCCUAUGCCUCUGUAGCUAAAGCUCUCAAGUAAGAGGACAACAGAGGUGCAAAUCAUGCACACACCAGCAGAGCAACACACAAAUGCAGACACACACAGACAUACACACCCAAACACACCCUGUGCUCACACUGCGAGCCACUUGAUUGAUCGGAUUUUGACUAAUUUUUGUCAGUGCAGCAACCUCCAGUUGGACCUGUGUAGUAGAUUUUCAAGAUGAAUCAUUCAUUGUUGUGGCUAUGAUAUCACCUUGGAUCAUGUUACAUUGUUUGAUUAGUCAACAUGUCUCACUCACCACUGACCGCAAUGACGGUUGCAGCCAAUUUUCUGUUAUUUUUUGAGACGUUUCUUCCUGUAGCCUUUCAAAUACAAGUUGUAGAAAACAGGAAAAGUUUGAAUUACUGUGGUCAGUCUCUCGUCCACUUUGUACUUUGCCAACAUAGACCAUUGUUUAUGAAACAAAAUUGGUAGGGAAAGGAGGAAACACAGGAACCUGACUUUUGACCGCCGGUGACCACAGAAAGUGCAGCCGUUUUGGCCGACUUCUCUCGGUGGACAAGUUUGUCGAGCGUUCAGCUCUAUAGGAAAUGAAAGGACUUCUGGUGGAUUGUUGAUCAGGUUGCUUGCAGUGUAAACACAGGAACACCCGCUGGGAACAGCAGAUGAACACACAGUGUACAUGCACACUCACACAAACUGAAAACUACAGCCUUGCUUGUGUAUAGUUCAACACCAGUAGAUGCACACUGUAACAGUGGAAACAUUUCUUUGUUUGUGCAGACUCAGUGAAUGCUGAGUCUGUCUGAAGUAUAGCGUUGUUUUCUUCUUUAUGACGAAUGCCAUAUCCUUCAUUUUGGUAAAUACUGAACCAAUGCAUCGAUGUGCAGAUGCCCACAGAGCUGCCUACCAGAUCGUCACUAGGACCCUCCAAGCUUCACACAAACGUGUCACCCUUUGCUUUUCAGUCGGCACAUUAGGAAAUAAAUUGUGCAUUUAGAUGACAGACAUGCAUACCAGCGCCAGCUCACCUGCCAAGUGUCUUUCGAGGCGUGUCUCUAAUUACAGAUGUGUAACAUUCAGUACAACUGCUGUGGUAACAAGGCCUUUUACAGUUGAGGAUCACAAAGGCACCGAUUGUACACUUAAGUCACCUCAUGCUCAAAUGUAAUAUCUUCUUAAUGUUUGUAAUCUUAGUGGGUUAAUAGGCUGUGGUCUCAGCAAGGAAGGGAGAGGCUGUACGUCUUCUUGUGGGCCGGGACUGGGCUGGGUGUAGGGACGUAUAGAGCGGAGAACGGUUACUCAGACAGGAAAUGAUUUCACUAGACCUCUACUUCCUCUUUCUGCUCUGCCACACCACCAGCUGUGAAGGAUUAAUCAAGAUUACCAAGCUUGUUUGAUUCGCUGUAAGGCUCUUUUGCCAGUGGAUCACUUUGCUCUGCCUAAAAUGUGUGAAGGAUAUUGUUGUUGUUUUUUAUUAUUAUUGUGGAAGGAAUCAAAUUGCAAGCUUAUUGGAGUUCAUUUAGAUGAAGAAGUGAAGUGAAUGGUUGCUGUUCCUCCUCCGUUUGUCCGGGGCACGAGGCCUUUUCUGUCACAUUUUUCUUGAAAAAAAAAAAUUGAGGAAGUUUAGCAACAGAAAAUAACAUCCGGACCGUUACCUUGAAUUGACUCUAUGGUCAAUUAUAAGCUCAGUGUACUGAAUGACUGCAGACUGAUGAUUUGCUAUUAGGAUGACUCCUUUAUUGGAGAUUUCUGUCCGGUCGAUUUCUGUUUUGAACACAUUGCCCCUCAAAGUGACUGGAAAUUGAAGACGUGGGAAAAACCGGAAAAUGAUGUAUGUCUGUCCAAAACUGUAGUAACUUGCAUUGAGGAUUUGAAUGAUUGCAAGGCACUAUUUGCAUGAAACAAGACUUAAUUUGUAGAUUUAGCUCAUGAUUUGCCUCAUUGCAAUUUCUAAAUAUGUGUCCUGGGUCAGGGUGAAGCUCUGUCAAACAAGCUAAAACCUAAGUGCAAUUCAGUGAUUGAGUUAUCAUAUCAUUUUUAUUGUAUUAGACCUUUAUUGAGAGCACUUACAGAAUUCAAUCAAACAAGAUGACCCCCCUCCUCCUGCACAGCUGGUAGAUGUGAUGCAUGUGUCGAUCAAACCCAUGAUAGAUUGUACUUGACUGAAAAUUUAAUUGUUGUGAUUUUAUUGUUUUUUCUAAAGCACGGACCAACUUUUCCAGGGCCAUGUGGCCUUAGUACUACUUUACCUUCAUGGCUGUAUGUUUAAAAGGGACUGGGUCUGUAUAAUUUCAGUGCUGAUGUUUUCCAGUAUUUCUUUUAUCCAAGCGUGGGCAUCUUGCUCUUGUUUGACCUUUUACUGUAAGGUUAGAGACAAUUUCAGGGAACAUUUAAUUUCAUGUCCUCAGUUGAGUUUUCAUUUCACUGUUUCUAACUCUUUUUUUUAUCUUCAUGUCAUGUAUUUUCUGUGUUGUGAUACCCACCUUGUGCUUUUCACUAGUUAUUCCCUACUCCUGUGCAUUUGCCUCCACAUAUUUUAGCCAUUUUUCAGCUUUCUCCAUUUAGUCAAAGGCAGUUACAAUUCAAGUCUGCAGGAGCAAAGUGAUAUUGUGGACAAGUUGGAUCAUUAUUGUUGUUGACAAUCAAACUAACAGCACAGAUGAAAGUUUUUUUUUUAUGUAUUUUGUACAUUCCAAGCUCUUAUAAAGACAUUCAUUUAUUGAUAUUCCAAUAAAAACACCUUAAUAAGAAGUCUA